AAUCCAUCGGUCAUUUUGUUUCUAUUUUGUAUGUUUCAAAUAAAUACGCUGGACAUUUCAGUAACGUUUAGUCAAACAUCAAAUCAACUCAACAAGAACACAUCCUGUUUCAGCAAUAUGCAUUUGUCAAUGAUUAUCGUAUUGGCUCUGUUUGCUGCGGUAUCAGCGGACCCAGCAGUCAUACUGAGUGGAAGUUUGUUGUCUUCAGGCUUAACAUCGGCUGCUCUCGUCGCACCAGCGGCCACGCCCGUAGUUGCCCCAGUCUCUCAGGUCACAUCUUAUGCUCCUGUGGCCACAUAUCCGUCCGUCGCCAAUGUAGCUCCGCUUGCUCCAUUAACUCAAUUAAUUUCAGACUAUAGAUACGGUUCAUCUUACACUUAUCAGGACUAUUUACCUGUUUUCAACUCAGCCUUAUCUCUACCUUACAGCCUACCUUACGCUUACGCUGCGGAUUGGUACUACCGAAAUUAGGUAGCAAAAAGGAUUAUUGGAUUUAUUGCAUGUAAAAAAUCGUUUUCGCUAUGUUUUUGUUAUAAAUUAUAUGUUAUAAAAUAAAAUAAAAUGUAGAAAA